AUGUCGGGCAGAACUAGAAGACGAAAAGAGGAUGAGGAACGAAAGAUAAACGAUGGAGAGCAGGAUAAUUUCUUUACCGACGAGAUAAGGGAGGAAAUGGAAACGAUGUGGGAGAUACCACAAAUUUUCCAUUUCCUCCAUUUAACGAAGGAAUCUCUUAACAUACCUCAGUUAUCUUUAUAUGAGAUGGAAAGAAUGCUAUUAAUGCCAAGGGCCUCAAAACAAUUAGCAAACAUCAUGACGUGUUUGCUGAGUUCCCCAACUACCAAAGCAAAGCUACGCAAAGUACCACCGAUGCCGUAUGAAUUUUGGACCAAUAUUUUGGCUUAUAAGAUGUCGAGUUGGUUUAAAAUUUAUCGCGCAAAGCACAAAGACGCAACCAAAGUUCUAGAAACCAUUGGUGUUGAACCAGAAUUCUGGAACAUCUUCCCUGAAACUUCCUUACUUGAAGGCAAAGAUUUUGAAGAUCUUAACUUCAAGCAAAGAGUCUGGUUACUGAAAACUGUCUGUGAUACAAUUAUGCAUACCAGGAAAACUGUUCAGGAAGAUAUGGUGAAUCAACCAUGGGAGGAUCAGUUUGAAACAAUUUUAGGAAUCGAUCGCAAUGGAGCGAAAUACAUUUACUUUCCGCAAUUUAUGCCGAAUGACUUCAGAAUUUAUAGGCAUUGUCUGGACAACAAAAUUUUGUCGACUGUUAGGCCUGUCAAACCAAAGCAAGAGAUAGAAAUGAACAAGUUAGUAAGCAUGAGAUUGACUAGAGGUAGAAAAAGAAAAUUACACAAUAAUUUGUCCGAUCACAGAGUAAAUAGAUGCGAGAAUAGAACCGAUGAUAAGGAUCUUAGUAAUAAUGAUAGCGCUGCAGGUUCGUUUAUCAGUGAGGAUACGAAUCUGAGUAGUACAAGUACGUGUAGUAAUAAUAAUAAUAUAUGCCUGGAUGUCAUAAGAAGAAAGCGUAGCAGGAGUUUAUCGAAAAUGUCUGAAGAAAGUACGCUAUCAAACGCAAGAUCCAGUGGUUAUGAUACUUAUACCUCUAGUGAUAAUAGAUCUGCCGACGAGUUGGAGAUGUUCAAGGGCUUUGCCAAUACUCAAAAUGAUAACUGUAAUAUAGAGAUAAUUAAUGAAAUGUUAGAUGAUUUAACAUCGGAAAUCGACGAGGAAAUGAGACCCGAACGCGAGUACAAUGACGGCGAAGGAAACUUUGUAGAAUUGUAUAAAAAUAUAACAAUAUCUUGUAGUGAAGCAUUAGCUGCUGAAAAAGAUGAAAGAUCGAGCGAUAAUUCAUCCAACAGUUCGAAGACAGACGAUGAAAAAUUACACGAGAUAAUCAAUGCCGAGAAUUCAAAGUUACCUGAAGAUGUAUAUUCCAAAAAUAUUUUGAUCAGUGAUAAUAUAAGUGAUAUUUCAACGUUGAGCUCCAAAUCAGAUGAUGAGAAAUUGAGUGAAACGAAAACUAGUGAUAGUAACAUUAAUGUAAGUGAAAAAAGUUUGAAUAGAAAAACAACAUUUAACGAGUUUUCUGUAUCUUCCUGUAUCGAUAGUGCGUUCAAUGAACAAGUUGUUGAACGACAGCAUUUCAGUGAUAUGGAAAUAUCUUCAUCGAUAGUAGAAACAAAAUCAAAUAAAUUGGUUAAAAAAAACAACUUAACAAAAGAAAUGAAUUUACGAUCUCCAAGUACAAUAAAGCAGUGCAAUAAAGAAGAUAAAAUUGAAAUGAAGAUGAAAGAAGAAAUAAAAGAGCAAGGAUUAGAAAAUGAUGAAAUAGAUGAGACAAAUGAGGAAGAUUUCUUCACAAAUGAGAUGCGAUCACACGAAAACACGGAAUAUGAUUUGGAUGAUUACACGAACAAUUCUGAUAAUAAUUACAAUUUGCGAAGUUGCAAGGAUCCACAAACAGAUGAAUACAAACAACAUUUCGAUAAGAUGCUGUCCGAUCUCAGCAUUUCCGAAUUUUAUCUUGUAACUGAUAGUGUGGAAGGAUUAAGAGGUCUCAUUGCUAAUUUGUCAAACAAUGACUCCAACAAUAUGGAUAUUGUUCCUUUGUGUGAAGUGAAAUUGAUAAAAAAGUUGACUGAUUUGUUAAAUUCUUUAGAAUCGACGGAGACUAUUUUGAAGGAUGCAAUGCGAAAAGCAAAAGCGAAACUUCAAAGAGAAUGGUCUAACUUUAAAGACGGCAGUGUGGAGGAUCAGGACUCAUCCAGUGAGGGUGGUCUCAGCUCUAAUUGGUGGGUUCUUGGAUCGCAGGGCAGGGAUCCAUUGUCAAUUCCCGGAGACGCAACGUUACAAACGUUACCGCAACCUACUCUAUCCCCACUUGGCACCCAAAACACCUCAAAACAGCCGCGGCAACAAGUCGAGGGCGAACACGAAAUUGCAGCCAAGAGUUUCAAACAGAGUUACUGCGAGAACCGGGAAACGAGCGACAAGCAGCGAAACGAAAACGACCAGAAACAACCAGAUGUUGAGGCGCCAUCAGGAAGAAACCAAAUCGCGAAAGAGGGAAAGAAACGACAACACAAGCAAGACGAAGAGAACGAGAGCGCAUGGAAUGACAAAGACGCAGAGCAGAAAACGGAACACGGUAGUCGACGAGUACUACGAGCGCGCGGCAUCUCUUCAUACACAGAACAGCUCUAUUCAGAUGACGAAAGCAACGAGAAUGAGCUGGAGGAAUGGGCCGACGUUGAGGCAGUGUAUGCGGCUCCCAGCACACAGAACGAUACAUCCACUUUUCACGCUGAUCCGAAAGAGCGACACGCUGGCGACUGGUCGGAAGAGGAGGACUCAGAUCAAGAUUGGAUUUUACCGAGCUCUCGCAAAAGGAAAAAUAAACGUUCAUCUACCAAUCGAAAAUUAAAAUCGUUUGAGAAUAAGGUGCAAAACAUCAAGGAAAAUGCAUCUUCGUCUCAGAACAAUAUGGUAUCUGGUGCAUCUCAUCCUGUCAAUGCAAAAAUCAAGGAUAAGCUGAAAGUUAAACUCAAGGAUAACAAAAUCAAAGAGCCCGAAAAAAUAAAUGACUCGCAAAGUUCUGGCACUAAUACCAUCAUAUCUACAGCGAACAACAAAAAAUCUGAGGAAGCGAUGCCUUCCACGGAUGCAAUUUGCAAUAUCGAAUCUGUCAGCAGUGUGCAUUCGGAACUUGAUAUCAAAGAUGAAAAUCCAUCGUAUGAGUCUAAUCCGAUGAUAAACUAUGAUCAAAACAAUUAUGGGCCCAUGAAUCCACAACAAAAUUAUUAUUAUAUGAUGCCGAACUCCGGAAUUGUACAGGGAGUAGUUGCACCACCGCAAGUUCCACAAGGUUAUUACAUACAGCCGCACAUGCAGCCGAAUUACAUAAUGCAGACUCCGCCCGUCCCUCAGCAACAGCAGCUUGUUUAUCAGCAACAGAGACCUCAAAUGAUAGUAGGUCAACCGUAUGUUAGCAACGCGAAUUAUGCGUCCUAUAUGGUGGCUACGACGCAGCCUCAGAUAGAAUAUAUGAUCGCAGCCAGACCGAUGAUAAGUCCGCAGAAUCCAAAUCCCAGGCCGCAAAACAGAUACAACUCAAAUAAUAGAUAUCCGACGCCACGACAGAGUUUACAGCAUCCUAAUGGCGCGGUGAUAAGAAGCGGUAGCAUACCUAUUAGAAGCAAUGGUCCAAGGUCCGCCAAUUCGAAAUCAGUGAGAGGAGGCAGUGUUUCUCAACGUACACCCAGAACAGUACCGAAGCAGAAAGUACCGCAGACACCCAGCAUAGAGAACAGCGGUCAGAAAACUACGUCCUUAAUCGUACUUAGUGAUAGCGAUGAUGAGAUAGAGAUGAUAAUCAUGGAGAAACCCAGUACCACUGUAACUUCGAUCGAUAAAGUUAGGUCGUCAGCGUCUCGAGAUGAUAUUAAUCAGUUUAAACAGAAACCUACGAUCACUUCGGAUAUCACCGUACCUUCGACGAAGGGCAUUCUUCCGCCGCAGAUCAUUCAACGAAUGAGUCAAGGCGGUAUAUCGAUUACGCCAGUAAAAAAUAAUCCGCCGCCACAGGCAACAAAUGCCAGCACACAGUUGGUAGUGGUCGUAAAUGAAACCGGAAGUCAUUACGCCUUGGCACUGCCCAACGGCAGCAAACUCAUACUUACUCCGGAACAAGUAGCACAGAUUAGAGCUUCAAAUGGAGGGAAAUUAAUCUUGUAGAGUAUACAAUUAAUUAGCCCGAUUUAUCUUUGCUUUGUUCCUUAAUUUGUUGCAAUAUGUGAUAUGUGCGAUUUGAUAACUUUUAUUUUCAUACUGGUAUGCUAAUUAUUUAAUUAUUAAUUAUUAGAUUAUAAGAACAAAGAGAGAAUUUAUCAACAAUUUAUUGAUAUCUCAUCGUAACGACGAUUGUGUUUGAAGAGAAUUAAUUUAACGAUUCUAAGUCGAUAUAUUUUUCGUUACAUAAUGUACAAAUAGUAUUUUAAAGAGUAUUAUUUCUUAGUAUUGAUUAAUUUUUUCUCAUGUACAGUUUAUAUAUUAAUCUUUAGUACAAUAUAAAAUAUGAAUGGCCCUUUCAUAUAUUACAGAGAAUAACAGAGUUUCUAUUAUAACUUUGCCAUAUCUCUUUCGUACUAUUGAAAUAAUUAUAUACAUAUAUAUUAAAAUCGAGGCAAUUGAAAUUGAGUCAUAUUAAAAUCUUCAUCAAUAGAGCUAUGUUUAUGAUUAAAAAAAUGGAAUUAUAUUAUAAAACAUUGUUAUAAAAAGAUGCAAGAAUGUCUUUUUAAUCUGUUUUAUGUAAUAGGGAUAUUGAUCAUAAAUGCUUCAUCGAGUAAUAUCGGGCAUUUGAAAAUAGAAUUCGAAUUAAAUAUAAAUUUAUCUGUAAUUUAAAUUUUGUAAUGAAUGAAGAUGAAGAAAUGUUAGUGUCGUUGUACAUUUGACGAAUAUUAACAUUUAAAGUUUUAUGGGAGAAUAGGAUUUUAACCUUCUUUUCCUCCUUCCAUAAAUGAAAAUGAAAUAUUGAUUUGAAAAUACAAAAGUAGAUAAUUUGUAUACAGAGGAAGCUAUUCAAAAUAGCGAAUUAAUCAUUUUAUGUGAGAGUUUUAAAAGAUUAUAAUUUUUUAUAUAUGUCUCCAAUUCAGUUAAUGUCGUAUCAGAUAGCUGAUAAUCAGUUUAGAAAAAACCAUUACAUUUUAAUUGGAACUUUUCGUUCGAAUCUGUAUAAAUAUACUCUAUAAAUUCUACCAUAUAUUUCUGUAAUUAAAUACUGCAAGACAAAUUAUUGUAAUAUAUAUUUAAUUUACAUUAAAAAAAAACUGUUCCUAAAUAGCAUCUGAAUAAAUGUGCACUGAUCAACACAAA